CAGCGGACCACAUCAGCGGACCACAUCAGCAGGCCACGUCAACAGGGAGUGCCACGUCAGCCACCCAGGCCUGUUUAUGCUGACGCGCUCGCAGACAGCCGUCAUGGACCAGAAACCGGGGGAAACGGUGGAGGCAUAUCAGGACCGCAUGCUGGCUUUGAUCAUAGAAGCCAAGCAGCGGGCGGAUGCAGUAGCAGCCGCAGAGAAGAAGAAGGCGGAGGAUGCCGAGCAGGCACGACUGCUAGCUCUUGAACAGCAGCGUCUGCAGGCCGAGGCAGCAGCGAAGGCUGCAGAUGAAGAACGAUUGAAGCGGCGUGAGAAGAUUUUCAGCAGAGACCAAGCAUUACUCACAUUGGCAGCGGAAUGGCGAACUGAGGCGGAGACAGGGAAGAUGGAGGAGAGCGAGACCAAGAUUGCCCUCCUCCUCUCCCAUGUCACGGACCUCCUGGCGACAUGCAUCGCGAAGCAGGAGGACAUUCACAGCCUCGAUGCCGAAGUCAAGAGUGUUCGCAGCCGCGUACAGCAGCUGGAGCAACGACCAGCCGCCGCCCCUGUGGCAAGCUCCUCCAACACAUCAGACCGCCUGGACGCAUUGGAGACUGACGUCAGCACACUCAAGGACGGCGCACGACUACAACAAACCGCUACUCAACAAUUGGAGCAGCGGGUCUGUGCUGCCGCCGCCAGCCCGAGUUCGAAACAGCGCGAGUCAACUCCCAAGUUUGACGGUCAGGAGAUCUUCUGCGAUUCAACAAAGAUGGAUCCAGUUCAGUGGUUCCGCAAGUUUGAACUCACGUUGCAGCUGCACCUCGUCAGCGAGUGCAAGCACCACGCCUGGGAAGACCUCAAGGCGGCGUGGCACAAGCGGUUCCAAGUGGAGCCGCCGGAGAUCAAGGCCAUGGACAAGCUCAUGACCUUCGAGCAAGGCUCGCUGCCAAGCGUCGACUGGAUUGCCGAGUACCAACGCUUGACAUCCGUCCCAGGUCUCCCGAUGGGCUUCAAAGCCAUCAAGCACUACUUCAUUUCAAGGCCGUGCCCGGUGUUGAGCAACGCCUUGACGCAUGUUGAGGACACACUGACAACGACGGCGCAACUGUUCGAUAAGGCCACGCAGAUUAUCGUCACAAACAAGGAGGCGAAGAACCUCACUCGUGUUGCGGCAGGCCCGAGCAAGGACCAACAUCGGCCCAAGGUGGUCGUGGUUGCGGCGGCAUCGCCAAGCAGCCAAUCUAGCGAGGCGGAGUCUGCCAAUGAAGGAGACAGACUCGCAGCUGCCCGGGAUGGACAAGACGUGUGUGCGGCAUCUUCUCCAUCCGGCAGCGGUUCUUCUUCGUCUUCAAGUGGUUCUUCACGGGAUUCCGCGCGCGAGUUCAACAUAGAGGAAUUGAACCCGCUCACGUCUGAGGAUUUCGCAUGGCUUCCUCUCCCGACCACGGGCCGCUUGCCGGGACCGCAAUGCGCAGCACUCUGCGCCCAUCUUCACAAGUACUUGUCCUUCUAUGCACCACCAACUUCGCCGACGGAUGACGAGGUCGCGGUGGGGGACAUCUUGGCAUAUGUUACCAAGGUGACCCGCGAGUUUCGCACGCAGCGGUACGACGACAAUAACGCACCGCUGAUGUAUGUCCGCAUCCAAGUUGGGCAAGCGUCCUGCAGCGCUUUGCUGGAUAGCGGCGCGACUCGCAACUUCAUGAGCCAAGCCUUUAUGCAAAGGGCUGGCCUCGGCGCGCAGGUUCGAAGGAAGGCAAACCCGACGACGAUCAAGUUGGCGGAUGGAAAGACGCAGCAACUUCUCGACCGUUACAUCGAGGCUGUACCUGUGUACUUCGCACCUCACGCAUGCGAACCGGUCACGUUCGACAUCUUGGACACGGACUUCGAUAUCAUCCUGGGAAUGCCUUGGCUCGCAAGUGCGGAUCACACGGUCAACUUUCACCAGCGGACUCUCACCGUUCGCGACGCCCUCGGCGCCAAGGUGCCGUGUACUAUUCCUCUUCCGCACCCUUCGAUCCGGUGCCAAGUCGUGACAGCCAAAUCGUUCCGGGCUACAUGUGCAUAUGAGCAACCCGACGAGAUAGGCCUAUGUUUCUUGCGGACCGUCGCGGUAGCCGACUCUUCACCAUCGGACUUGUCUUCAGACCCCCGUGUGGUACGGCUGCUUGUCGAGUUCGCCGACAUCUUCGAGUCACCUACCGGUGUGGUGCCGAAUCGGCCGAUCUCUCACGAGAUCAUUCUUGAGGCCGGAGCCGUGCCGCCGAAAGGUUGCAUCUAUCGGAUGAGCGAGGAGGAACUGGAGGUCCUUCGCGCACAACUCGACGACUUGUUGGCCAAGGGCUGGAUCCGCCCUAGCAGCUCCCCAUAUGGAGCACCGGUUCUCUUCGUAAGGAAGAAGAACAAGGAUCUACGUCUGUGCAUCGACUACCGCAAGCUCAACGCCCAAACUGUGAAGAAUGCGGGGCCUCUUCCUCGUAUCGACGACCUUCUUGAGCGAUUAGGCGGUGCUAAGUUCUUUUCCAAGUUGGACUUGAAGUCGGGGUAUCAUCAAAUUUCGAUACGCCCGAAUGAUUGCUACAAAACCGCAUUCAAGACAUGGUAUGGACAUUUUGAGUGGGUGGUCAUGCUUUUUGGCCUCACCAAUGCCCCGCCAACCUUCCAAGCGGCAAUGACCAAUGAGUUUCGUGCGAUGCUGGAUCGGUUUGUGCUGGUCUACUUAGACGACAUUCUCGUCUAUAGUCGGACCUUGGAGGAUCAUCUUGAGCAUCUUCGACGAGUGUUGGAGACGCUCCGCCGUGCCAAGUACAAAGCCAACCGCGACAAGUGUGAGUUCGUCCGGCAAGAGCUUGAGUACUUGGGCCAUUUUGUCACUCCGGAGGGCAUCAGCCCCCUAUCGGAGAAAAUUCAAGCCAUCCAGGAGUGGCCGGAGCCGCGUAACGUCACAGAUGUCCGUUCGUUUCUUGGUCUUGCCGGCCAGUAUCAGCGCUUCAUCAAUGGCUAUUCGAAGAUCGCGGCCCAUUUGACCAAGCUUCAAUGUGAGGAUCGACCGUUUGACUUCGACGAGGAUGCACGAGAAUCCUUCUUGGCUCUUAAAGCUGCACUUUUGUCAGCGGAGGUCUUGCGGAUCUACGACCCGCUAUUGCCCACACGCGUCACUACUGAUGCAUCCGGCUAUGGCAUUGCUGCAGUCCUCGAACAACACGAUGGCGUGGACUGGCACCCAGUCGAGUAUUUCAGCAAGAAAGUGCCCGCCGUGCACUCCAUUGAUGAUGCACGAAAGAAGGAGUUAUUGGCAUUCGUACACGCACUCAAGCGUUGGCGGCAGUUCCUUCUUGGUCGACGGCAGUUCCGAUGGGUAACGGACAACAACCCGUUGGUCUUUUACAAGACCCAGGACACAGUCAACAGCACCAUUGCCCGCUGGAUGGCCUUCAUUGAGCAGUUUGACUUUUUCCCUGAUCACAUUCCGGGCAAGUCGAACCGUUUUGCGGAUGCUCUCUCACGGCAAUUGGUCGAGGUUCUCUACGCCGGUUGGAUUCGAACCAAGGGUUACCCCAAGGAAAUCGUCUACGACCGCGACACUCGGUUCAUGUCUGAUUUUUGGUUGGCACUCACCAAACGAUGGGGCUCAUCUCUCAAGCCUAGUUCAGCUCGCCACCCUCAGACGGAUGGCCAGACGGAGAGGGCGCACCAGACGGCACAGGUUCUUCUGCGCACUCUCAUCCGUCCCGAUCAGAAGGAUUGGGUUGAGCGGCUGCCGGAUGUCGAAUUGGCCUACAAUUCGUCCAUCCACCCGGCUAUCGGGAUGUCGCCUUUCGAGUUUGAGCAUGGCUCUCCGGUCACUUCUCCGCUGGACACCAUCGUUCCACGCACGGCCGAGAGCGACGACCAUCUCCUUUUCUUGCGCCGGAUGCAAGAGCUUCUUGUCAAGGCACGCAAUCAGAUGGCAAAGACGCAGCAACGCAUGAGCCAGCAGGCCAAUCGCCAGCGUCUUCCUUGUCCAUUUCGCGUCGGCGACCAUGUGUGGAUUUCCGCCGUGGAAUUCAGCCUUGAGCAGGAUAUCUCUCGCAAGCUCCUCCCGAAAUGGAUGGGCCCAUGGCCGAUUGUAGCACCUGUUGGGGAUGCUCCUGAGGGACCGUCCUUCACAGUUCAGGUGCCCGCCCACUUACCCGGCUACCCGCUUUUCCAUUGCUCCAAGUUGGCGCUGUACACACCAGCAGACCAGGAUGACUUUCCCGGGCGACGAUCUCAAGACCCACUCUCUAUGGACGACUUUCAGGAGGUCGGUGACAUCAUUUCCCAGCGACGAUACGGCAACAAGCCGACCGAGUAUCUUGUACACUUUGCGUAUUGCACCCACCGAGCCGACCGCUGGUUGACCCGUGCGGAACUCCAAGCGACAGCUCCAGAUGUUCUCGUACGGUAUGAACGAAAGAUGCAAGCCAAGCCGGCAUUUUCGGCUCCACGCCGCAACCGCGUCCAGGUUCCACCUUCAGAUCAUCGGCUGCGCCCYCGACCCGGCUUGACUUCAUAAGGAGGGGGGGGUGUUACAUGCUGCGCCUGCACACGAGGGCCAUUUUCCAGGCCCUGCGUCGUUCAGGUUGGAAGCCUGAAUUUCAUGCUCAAGGCCUGGAAAUAAGGGCCUGCAGACCCCAGGACGGUUCAGCCCAAAAG